CGCCCCGCCUCUCUGUCGCUGCUGCCUUGGAGGACCAGCUGAUCUCCCUCCGCGGGGGUCUGGGUGUCCAGCCCUCGUCACAGGUGCUCUGAGUUGAGCCCGGAGUCCCCUUCUCAGCACCAACUCCAGCGCAUCGCGCAUCGCAUCGCUCCGCGGCGCCGAGGGUCUGCAGGCUGACCGCCCCGCCUGCAGCCGAAGGUGGUUUGUGGUGUGUCUCUGAAGACCGUUUUAAGUUGAAAGGAAAGAUGCUGUCAUCCAAUGAUCAGAAGUUAGAAAAGCUGGAUCCCUUUCGUCGACCUUUGCUGUCCAAGCAGAAGACCAGUGCGGAAAUCAUAAAUGAAGCGCGGAAUGCCUUAAGAUCAGUUAGAACCCAAAGACCAUUUACACCCCGCGAAGACCAGAGGAAGCUGUUUGGGCCUGCCUCAUCAAGAACCCCAGAAAACAGACCUCCCUCCUCCUUCAGCCUUCACGCGUCCAGCUUUGAGUUCGCUGACUUCAGGCCCAUCUCUGGCACCCGCCUCAGCCCGCUCGAGCUGAAACCCAGAGCUCCAGCAUCUCCCACCGCGGAGGAGGAUGCCUGUGCGUCCCUCCCUAAACCUCCCCUGGACCCUGUGAAGAUAAGAAGGAUAAGUGGUGGGCGUUCGCGCUUCUACAGGGCUGCGUCCCAGGGAACCCUUCUGCCUGACAGAUCUCCUGCUGCUGCCCCCUCAAAGACCACGGAGGAAUCCAAAGAGACUGUUCCCGUGGGGAAUUCUACGGCAAAAAUAAAUGGGACUUAUUUAACAGCAUCAAAUGCCAUUGGUCAUUUAAAGAGUCACCCACUCCAACGUACUUACGACCAAGGCUUCAGAGAAACCAAAGAAGUGUCCAAGGAACCAUCAUCUCAUCUCCAGAGUGGAGGAAGUGCCGCUGCUCACAUGAGGCAUCGUGGAGCCGACCUCACCCCUGGCCAGGACUCGGAGAGCGCGGGCAGGGACCAGGGGAAGCGGCCUGCCCGGGCCUCCUCAUGUCCUAGCAGCUCAGACCUGAGCAGGCUGGAAACCAGAGCAGCCUCAAGAGCCAGCUUACAGGAACAGGAGACAGAAAUAGAAGUCGAUGAAGUCUUUUGGAAAACACGGAUUGAACCGCUUUUGCAUGAAUUAGAAAAGGAAGACAAUGAAGCCAUGUGUGCCGCCUGCACGCAGCUCCAUCACGCGUUGGAGGAAGGGCGCAUGCUCAGCAGGAAGUUUAAGGGAAGAAGCGUCCUGCUGAAGACCUUGUAUAAACUGGUGGAUGCUGGCUCGGACUCGCUCAGCCUUAAGCUCGCCAAACUCAUCCUGGCACUAAAAGUGAGCAGGAAGAAUCUUCUGAAUGUCUGCAAACUGGUAUUUAAAAUCAGCAGGAGCGAGGAGAAUGACGUCCUGCUGCAGAAUGACAACAUCCUGGAAUCGUUACUGGAGGUGCUGAGGGGUGAAGACUUGCAAAGUAACACUGAGGCUUUUUUAUACUGCAUGGGGGCUCUGAAGUUCAUUUCCGGGAGUCCGGCAUUUCUUCCUGAGAUGAUCAGCAAAGGUGCCGUGGAAAUAUUGACGAAGUUGAUACGGCAAAUGAGUGAGGACACAAAGAAACAUGGCGCGUGCCUGCCUAACGCAGGCAACUUGCUAGUCCAGACAACUGCUACGCUGAGAAACUUGGCCGACUCACCGCUGACGAGAAGCAGGCUCCUGAAGGUCGGGGCCUUCCCCCCGCUCUGCACCGUGAUGGAGCAGUACAUGGACGACAAGGAUGUCUGCACCAAUAUCGCCAGAAUAUUUAGCAAACUGACAUCUUACCGUGACUGCUGUGCAGCCCUGGCAAGCUAUUCCAGAUGCUAUGCCUUGUUUCUGAGUCUAUUGAACAAAUACCAGAAGAAACAGGAUUUAGUAAUUCGCAUUGUUUUUAUCCUUGGCAACCUGACAGCAAAGAAUAACCAGGCCCGGGAAGUUUUCUCCAGAGAGCAAGGGAGCAUCGAAACUCUGCUCACGUUGUUUCAGAACUUCUACCAACUUGACCAGCACCCCCCAAGGCUGGGGCCCUCAGGAGCUGGUCUGGCACCAGAGGCUGAGGACGUGCUGGUCAAGCUGACCCGCGUCCUGGCCAACAUAGCCAUUCACCCGCGCAUCGGCCCAGUGCUGGCCGCCAAUCCUCAGGUGGUGGGCCUGUUGCUGACCACGCUGGAGUCCAAGUCACUGGGCGACUGUGAGGAGCUGGUGAUCAAUGCCACGGCAGCCAUCAACAACCUGUCAUUCUAUCAAGUGAAGAGCUCCGUCCUGCAACACAAAAAGCUGUAUGUCGCUGAACUGCUCUUAAAGCUCCUUGUGAGUAACAACAUGGAUGGCAUCCUGGAGGCCGUGCGGGUCUUUGGAAACCUCUCCCAGGACCAUGACGUCUGCAAUUUCCUCAUGCAGAAAAAUGUGCACAAGUUCAUGAUCGCGCUGCUGGAAGCCAAGCAUCAGGACAUUUGCUUUGCCGCCUGUGGGGUUCUCCUAAACCUCACUGUGGAUAAAGACAAGCGUGCCAUUCUGAAAGAAGGUGGAGGCAUUAAAAAGUUAGUGGAUUGCUUGAGAGAGUUUGGUCCCGGUGACUGGCAGCUGGCCUGUCUGGUGUGCAAGACCUUGUGGAACUUCAGCGAGAAUAUCACAAGCGCAUCAUCGUGCUUCGGAGAUGAAGAUGCCAACAGACUCCUGGUCCUCCUGUCGUCGUUUUUAGAUGAAGAACUGGCUCUGGAUGGCAGUUUUGACCAAGACCUUAGAAGCUAUCACAGACUCCACUGGGAAACAGAAUUCAAACCUGUGGCCCAGCAGCUUCUGAAGCGAAUCCAGAGUCAUCACACGUCCCUGGAGCCCCUGCCCACCCCUUCUUUCUAACAUGACACAGGCCAAAGACAGAUCUGGGAAGUCAGGCCUCCCUCAUUCUCGGGAAGUGGUAAAAGCAUGACCGUUUCUCAGUGUUAACACAUGUGGAGCAUUUUAAAAAUACUGAUUUUAGUGAAUAGCCUAAGUAUUUUUGAAAGAAGUAAGCAUUUCUUCUUUUUCUAGAUAUUAUGGAAAAAUGAAUAUAUAUAUUUUCUGCUAUGAGAGAUGUGAGAUGGAAAUAUAUGCAUUUUUAAGACUUCUCUUUCUAUUUGCCUUUAAAUCACUUAGAAAAUAGCCUUAAAAAUCCCGAUCCGAACCACUUUGGAAUGAACGCGCUUGUCAGUUCACUGGUCAACGAACUGCGCAGUGGAGACUAGGGGUUUGUCCACCGGGGGAUGGUGUCCGGGAAGGUACAUGACUGCACAGGCGUCUUUCCCAGCCCUUACUACAUCUAAGAAUAAGUCCCCUGACUCAUGCUAGUAUUUUCUUGUUCUCAUUUUAGAGAAAGAAUAAGCAGAGGGAAGAGAGAAAACUGCUCAGAAGGCUGGGGAUGCAGCUCAGUGGUAGAGCCCUUGACUGCCCUGGUUUUAUCCCCAGCACAGGGGUAGGAGGAAAUACUGCUUUAGAUCAUCUAUCUCUUUGGAUUUUUAGUUUAAUUUUUUCUUUUGUUUGUGUGGAUGUUUGACCUGCAUGUGCACCCUGUGCAUGCAGUACCUGUGAGGGCCAGAAGAGGGUGUCAGAUCUGAGAUGGGAGUCAUAAAUGGUUGUGAGCUGUCUGGUGGGUGCUAGGAAUCAAACUCAGGUCCUCUGCAAAAGCUCUUAAAAGUGCUCUUAACCACUGAGCCAUCUCUCUAGCUCCUACAUUUUUUAAAAGAUUUUUAAAAAAAUUUAUGUGCAUGUUUGUGUCUGUGUAAAUAUAUGCCCUGUGUGUAUGGAUUCCCUUGAAUUCAGAAAAGGGUGUCAGAGUCCCUGGAACUGGAGUUAUAGAUGGUUUUGAGCUGCUGGACUUGGGUGCUGGGAGCCAAACUCAGGUCCUCUAGAAGAGCAGCCAGUGCUCUUAAACACUGAGCCAUCUCUCCAGCCCCAGCCACCUACUUCUUGAAUUAAGUAAAACUGAUGAAAAAGAAUACUUUGCCUUUCUUUUCAUUUGAAAUACACUGACCGAAUUGGAUGUUGUUUUCUCGUUAGACUGUAUCUAAGAGAGAUGACGUAACAGAUUAGAAAGCACGCGCUUAGCUGUGUGGUAUUCCUGUUUGACACCUGCUCUCUUCCGCUUGCUGUGGGGCCUUAGACAAUUAACUAAAUUUCUUGAGCUCAUACUACAAAAUGAGGAUAAUAACCUCUUUUUAUUUUAGUGUAUGCCUGAGUCAGGGUUCUUAGAGGAACAGAAUCAAUAGGAUGUGUGUGUGUGUGUGUGUGUGUGUGUGUGUGUAUACAAUCAAAGGAGAUUUAUUAGGUUGGCUUACUGGCUGGAAAAUCCAACAAUGGCUGUCUGCCUUUUGGAGACUGAGAUCAGUCCAUGAGUCCUGGGUCUGGUGCUGAAGGCCUGGAGAAUUCCUGGAGAGCAUGUGGUCUUCAGUCCACAUUGGAGACUGGAGAAGGCGGAUUCCCAAGUCAAUAAAGGACAGUAGCAAUAGUGGAGAAAAAAGAGUGAAUGGGCUUGCCAGCCAGUGUGAAGGCAGAAAGGCAAAAGCCCGUUUCCCUUGGACCUCUGUAUCUGGGCAGCUUCAGGGAGAAUUGCUGACCACCGUGGGGGAAGGUUUACCUCCCUCUGUGAAGCUUUCCAGGAAACACCCCGGGCAGGCAGGCUUGCCCAGUAUGUCUCUUAGUGGGUUCCCGAGCUAGUAAGGUUGACCACAACAUCAACACACAGUGUAGUUUUGAGCAAAGCAUUCAGUCAGCAGCUUGUAAACGCAUACUAUAAUUAUUAUGAGGGGAUUCUGUUUGUCUCAGGGGUAAAAUUUGACUUUGAAUAAAUGAUUUAAAAAGACAAA